UGCUUUUAUGUCAAAACUCAAAAGCUAUUGAGCUUCCCCAAGUGCCCAACAGACAUGGAGACGAGUUUCAUAUGGUCAGUCUCCGCCUGUUUCUUUCUGGUCUCGUCCUUCUCCUUUGUUCGCUCAUUCUCCAAUCCAUCUCUUCUUGGAGUUCAUCCACUCGAUGAAAAGUACUUUGCUACAGAGGUGAUCAAGUGCAAGGACGACUCCAAGUCGUUCACCAGAGACCGUCUCAAUGAUAAUUUCUGUGACUGUGUUGAUGGGACUGACGAGCCCGGGACUUCUGCUUGUCCUGCAGGCAAAUUUUAUUGUCGGAAUAUUGGAAGUACACCACAGUUCAUAUUUUCUUCUCGAGUUAAUGAUCGUAUUUGUGAUUGCUGCGAUGGAAGUGAUGAGAAUGAUGGUAGUCUCAAUUGUCCAAAUACAUGCAUCAUGGGCGGGAAUGUUGAGUACAAAACUGACCACCGCUUCUCUAGAGUUCAGGAUCGAGGGUAUGUUGACAAAAAGCAAACCGAAAAUAGGGUCAGUCUGGAUGACUUCAUUCAGAAGCUUAAAGGUUUGAAGAUAAUAAUAAUCGUACAAUUAGUUAUUGCUAGUGUUUUUGUGGUUUGCCGGAUAUUCCAUCGUCGUGCCAGAUCAAAACGAAGACGUCAUCGUUAAAAUAUUUUUUCAGGUCCUAUGACAAUAUUUGGCCAACGUGCUUCCUCAAGAUCUGUGUAUGGGUUUCAAGAAAACGAGGUGCUGGAGGAUUUAAACUGGUCAGAAGCUUAUAGCAAGAAUUUACAAACAUGGAUGUAUGUGUCCAACAAAUCGCAACUACUAUCAGAAAAGUGUUGUAAUGAUCUGAAGCUUAGUACAGAAUCUGCAAAUGGGCCUUAGGGGUUGGUCAAAAUGCAAAGAAACUACACUUUUUUUUUUUUGGGAAUUAGAGAAUUUUGCUCAAAGUUUCAUAUAUAAAAAAAUGAUAUUACGAGUGCAAUGUG